GGGAGUUAUAUUCCAGUCUAGUAGGUGGCAGUAAUGCAACAUUUAUUGGAUGCCAACCGCCGUUAAACCUCAUCGACAAAGAAGAAGAUUUAACAAAGGACUCCAUGACGGGUUUUGAUAGAACCAAGCAGCCAAGAAAAAAACAGUCCGUGUUUUGCGAUUCGCGCCAAGUUGAAAGCGCGAGCUCUCAUCUCUUCCUUUCCUUUGUGUAUCACUUUUGCGUGUUCCUGUAGGGGCGUGCGACGCGGGUUAAAUUCUUGGCGACUAAGGCAACUUGUUACCGCUACUUUUCUCCCAAACAUCUAUACACACCGUAUCGCAAUCAUGUCCGUCAGCGUAGAGUCUGGAUUUUCAAACGACGAGGUGCUGAACAUUCGUUACCCUCUCCACCGGGCCUGCAGGGAUGGAGACGUUGUUGCUUUGUGUUCGCUUCUUCAGUGCACCACAAAUCAAGCAGACCUCAUCACGGAAGACUCCGUCUAUGGCUGGAGUCCCAUUCAUUGGGCAGCACAUUUUGGAAAGUUGGAGUGUGUAAUGUGCCUGGUGCAGGUGGGCUGCAAGGUGAACGCCAUGACUACGAGGUUUGCCCAGACGCCCGCACACAUCGCAGCUUUUGGAGGCCACCCAGAGUGUGUGCUGUGGCUGUUGCAGGCAGGGGCCGACAUCAACAGACAGGAUUAUGUAGGUGAGACCCCUAUCCACAAGGCAGCCCGGGCUGGUAGUAUGGAGUGUGUCAACGCCCUCUUGAUACAGGGUGCUAAACCGGACUUAAGGAACGCUAAUGGCUUGACGGCGGCAGACCUGGCCCACGCCCAGGGCUUCUGGGAGUGCGCCCAGCUGCUCUCCAACGCUCAAAACCACCUCAACCAGCUCAAUGGUUUCCACUCCAACGGGGCGCUAAACGGCCACUGCUCUCUCAGCCAAAGCCAGGGUCUCUUCAAUGGGCUGGCCAAUAGAAAGAGGCUUCUGGACGGUGUGGAGCCCAAUCACAUCAAGAAGGCCAGAACAGAUGGUGUGGACCUGCCCAAGUGGAUGCAGCAUGGCUGCGGGGAGGAGCUGGAGACCAUGUAUAUGGAGUCUGCAGACCCUGUCUCAGCAGAUGACCCCAAAGCCACCACGGGUCAGACCAACAGCAACAAUGGGCCACAGAACGGUGCCAUCUCCAGCAAUGGCCACAUGCCAAAACACCUAAGUGGGGACAACCCUGCUGUGCUGUCAACCGGCUUCUCCACGCCAUGGGGACUGCCGGCCUUGGCUACUUCCACUGAAAACGGUCUGUCGUCAUCACGGCGAGCUAAUCAGGAGGCGGAGGAGACCCGGCGGCAUUCAGCCCACGAGAUGUGCGGUUCGCUACACCUGACGGGAAGCCCCAGCAGCUGCGUGUCCCACCGACCCUCCUGGGAGGCCAUGGCCAGCGACCUGGGAGACACCCUGCACUACGGACAUUACCAUGGCUUUGGGGACACGGCAGAGGACCUGGCUGAAGAGCACAGCAACUCUGUGUGCGUGGAGCAAUGUUACAACCAGGCCGUGCUCAGUGACAUGCACCUCUACCACGGAUCCUAAAUUGGGGGAGGCUGGCCCUUCCCAAGUAAGUAGUCAGUCUAUCUACCUACCCCAGCGGUGACACAACUUUGCAUAGAGCCGCUAGCCUGCCUUAAAAUCCAAUGGUUACCAUAACAUCAUUGUUGCACUGGGGAGGGAGUGGAGAGAGACACUUUGGCCCAUCUACCAAAGGGAAUAAGUACAGUUGAAGUCGGAAGUUUACAUACACCUUAGCCAAUUACAUUUAAACUCAAUUCCUGACAUUUAAUCGUAGUAAAAAUGCCCUGUCUUUGGUCAGUUAGGAUCACUUUAUUUUAAGAAUGUGAUGUCAGAAUAAUAGUAGAGAGAAUGAUUUAUUUCAACUUUUAUUUCUUUCAUCACAUUCCCAGUGGGUCAGAAGUUUACAUACACUCAAUUAGUAUUUGGUUACAUUGCCUUUAAAUUGUUUACCUUGGGUCAGACUUUUCGGGUAGCCUUCCACACGCUUCCCAUAAUAAAUUGGGUGAAUUUUGGCCCCAGUUUUCUAUGGGAUUGAGGCCAAGGCUUUGUGAUGGCCACUCCAAUACCUUGACUUUGUUGUCCUUAAACCAUUUUGCCACAACUUUAGAAGUAUGCUUGGGGUCAUUGUCCAUUUGGAAGGCCUAUUUGCGACCAAAGCUUUAACUUCCUGACUGAUGUCUUGAGAUGUUCAAUAUAUCCACAUAAUUUUUCUGCCUCAUGAUGCCAUCUAUUUUGUGAAGUGCACCAGUCUCUCCUGCAGCAAAGCACCCCCACAACAUGAUGCUGCCACCCACGUGCUCCACAUUUGGGAUGGUGUUCUUCAGCUUGCAAGCCUCCCCCUUUUUCCUCCAAACAUAACAAUGGUCAUUAUGGGCAAACUGUUCUAUUUUUGUUUCAUCAGACCAGAGGACAUUUCUCCAAAAAGUACAAUCUUUGUCCCCAUGUGCAGUUGCAAACUGCGUCUGGCUUUUUUAAUGGCGGUUGUGGAGCAGUGGCUUCUUCCUUGCUGAGUGGCCUUUCGGGUUAUGUCGAUAUAGGACUUGUUUUACUGUGGAUAUACAGUCAUGGCCAAAAGAUUUGAGAAUGACACAUAUUAAUUUCCACAACGUUUGCUGCUUCAGUGUCUUUAGACACUGGUGUUACUAUGGAAUACUGAAGUAUAAUUACAAGCAUUUUGUAAGUGUCAAAGACCUAUAUUGACAAUUACAUGAAGUUGAUGCAAAGAGUCAAUAUUUGCAUUGUUGACCCUUCUUUUUCAAGACCUCUGCAAUCCACCCUGGCAUGCUGUCAAUUAACUUCUGGACCACAUCAUGACUGAUGGCAGUCCAUUCUUGCAUAAUCAAUGUUUGUCAGAAUUUGUGGGUUUGUUUGUCCACCUGCCUCUUGAGGAUUGACCACAAGUUCUCAAUGGGAUUAAGUUCUGGGGAGUUUCCUGGCGAUGGUCCCAAAAUAUUGAUGUUUUGUUCCCCAAGCCACUUAGUUAUCACUUUUGUCUUAUGGCAAGGUUUGCCAUCAUGCUGGAAAAGGAAUUGUUUGUCACCAAACUGUUCCUGGAUGGUUGGGAGAAGUUGCCCUCGGAGGAUGUGUUCGGAGGAUGUGUUGGUACCAUUCUUUAUUCAUGACUGUGUUCUGAGGCAAAAUUGUGUGUGAGCCCACUCCCUUGGCUUAGAAGAAACCCCACACAUGAAUGGUCUCAAGAUACUUUACUGUUCACAUGACUGAUGGUAGCGCUCACCUUGUCUUCUCCGGACAAGCUUUUUUUCCGGAUGCCCCAAACAAUCAGAAAGGGGAUUCGUCAGAGAAAAUGACUUUACCCCAGUCCUCAGCAAUUCAAUCCUUGUACCUUUUGCAGAAUGUCAGUAUGUCUCUGUUUUUCCUGGAGAUACGUGGCUUCUUUGCUGCCCUUCUUGACACCAGGCCAUCCUCCAAAAGUCUUCGCCUCACUGUGCGUGCAGAUGCACUCACACCUGCCUGCUGGCAUUCCUCAGCAAGCUCUGUACUGGUGGUGCCCAGAUCCCGCAGCUGAAUCAACUUUAGGAGACGGUCCUGGCGCUUGCUGGACUUUCUUGGGCGCCCUGAAGCCUUCUUCACAACAGUUGAACCACUCUCCUUGAAGUUCUUGAUGAUCCGAUAAAUUGUUGAUUUAGGUGCAAUUUUACUGGCAGCAAUAUCCUUGACUGUGAAGCCCUUUUUGUACAAAGCAAUGAUGACGGCAUGUGUUUCCUUGCAAGUAAGCAUGUUUGACAGAGGAAGAUCAAUGAUUCCAAGCACCACCCUCCUUUUGAAGCUUCCAGUCUGUUAUUCAAACUCAAUCAGCAUGACAGAGUGAUCUCCAGCCUUGUCCUCAUCAACACUCACACAUGUGUUAACGAGAGAAUCACUGACAUGAUGUCAGCUGGUCCUUAUGACAGGGCUGAAGUGCAGUGGAAAUGUUUUUUGGGGGAUUCAGUUCAUUUGAAUGGCAAAAAGGGACUUUGCAAUUAAUUUACAAUUCAUCUGAUCACUCUUCAUAACAUUCUGGAGUAUAUGCAAAUUGCCAUCAUACAAACUGAGGCAGCAGACUUUGUGAAAAUGUAUAUUUGUGUCAUUCUCAAAACUUUUGGCCACGACUAGAUAAUUUUGUACCUGUUUCCUCCAGCAUCUUCACACAGUCCUUUGCUGUUGUUCUGGGAUUGAUUUGAACUUUUUGCACCAAAGUACGUUCAUCCCUAGGAGACAGAAUGCGUCUCCUUCCUGAACGGUGUGAUGGCUGUUUGGUCCCAUGGUGUUUAAACUUGCGUACUAUUGUUUGUACAGAUGAAAGUGGUACCUCCAGGCAUUUGGAAAUUGCUCCCAUGGAUAAACCAGACUUGUGGAUUUCUACAAUUUAUUUUCAGAGGUCUUGGCUGAUUUUCUUUUGAUUUUCCCAUGAUGUCAAGCAAGAGGCACGAAGUUCAAAGGUAGGCCUUGAAAUAGAUCCACAGGUACACCCCCAAUUAACUCAAAUGAUCAGAAGCGUCUAAAGCCAUGACAUAAUUUUCUGGAAUAUUCCAAGCUGUUUAAUGGCACAGUCAACUUAGUGUAUGUAAACCUCUGACCCACUGGAAUUGUGAUACAGUGAAUUAUAAGUGAAAUGAUCUUGUCUGUAAACAAUUGUUAGAAAAAUUACUUGUCAUGCACAAAGUAGAUGUCCUAACCGACUUGCCAAAACUAUAGUUUGUUAACAAGAAGUUUGUGGAGUCGUUGAAAAACAAGUUUUAAUGACUUGUUUGUGUAUGUAAACUUCUGUCUUCAACUGUAUCAUUGUCGUUUUUGUAUUUGAUAUUUGAAAUUCUUAUUUUAUUACUGUCUGUUGUAGCGCAAGAGAUGUGAUUGUGGUAAGCUGAUCCUAGUUUGUCUGGUGAUGUUAUUGCAUAAAAUGCAGGUUAUUAGAAUUAUGAGUUAUGCUAAGUUUUUUUUUUUUUUGACCAAAAGGGUAAAUUGUGUUUGGCAUGUAGGUUCUGUGCCAACACUUAUGUUAAAUCUAUUAUGGCACAAAAAAAGUGUUUUUACUGAGUUUGUUUUACCUUGUUGUUCAUUGUCUGUACUUGGAGCACUGCAAACAGUAUUUAUCAUGUAGACAAUCUGUAAACGGACUUAUGACAUUCCUUUUUAGAUUCAUUUUUUGGGGUCUUCUGAAAUAAAUGUGUUACCAAAUUGCA